UCUUGUGUGUCCACUAAUGCGUUUAUUUUCACUUCUCUGAGUGUUGCGCUGUUUUGCUUGACUUGAUCAGAUCUGAACAAGUAGCCUGACUUAAGCCAGCUUCGCGAGCUGCUUUAAACCAGAUGUUUUGCGGUAACACGCAGUAGUUCCGUGCGUAACCGCAUCCACACAGCCUUCAUACCUUCUACCGACGCGGAUGUCCAGCUUCAAGGUGAGGAUAUGUACCAGGGCAUAAUGACAAGCAACCACGGACCCUCUUCAUACGAGGCCGGAUUUCUUCAUAACGCCUCGGCGGGCACCUCUCCGGUUUAUGUCCCCACCACCCGGGUCGUCACACCCAUGAUUCCUGCGCUUCCUUACCUUCAGGCACCCGGUGCGUCGCAGCAGAGCAGCCCGGCGUCGAGCCACUCUGCGUGGGCACAGCCGGGGGCAGACUCGGUGCCCUCAUACAACCACUCCCCGGUGUCUCCGCGCUUCACUUUCUCCACCAGCCCGCCUCUGUCCUCCGGGAUGGCCACGGCCCGGGAGACGGCAGUUUCUUACACAAGCCCGCUGAACAUCUCCGCUAACGGUAGGGAUCACUACAGCGCUCGCAGUCUGAGCGGGUCGUAUCACAGCCCUUAUUCGGCCUACAUGAGCCCUAACGUGGGCGGAACGUGGCCGGCGUCCCCCUUCGACAGUCCGGUUCUCCACGGUCUCCAAACUGGCGCUCCUCCUGGGACAACAAGACACCCCAACAUAGAUUUGUUUGAUGACUUCGCUGAGGGCCGAGAGUGCGUGAACUGCGGAGCGAUGUCAACCCCCCUCUGGAGGCGAGACGGUACCGGUCACUACCUGUGUAACGCCUGCGGGCUGUACCAUAAGAUGAACGGCAUCAACAGACCGCUUAUCAAACCCCAGAGACGGCUGUCUGCCUCGAGGAGGGUGGGCCUGUCCUGCACCAACUGUCACACCACCACCACCACCCUGUGGCGACGAAACGCAGAGGGAGAGCCGGUCUGCAACGCCUGUGGGCUCUACAUGAAACUCCACGGGGUCCCUCGACCUUUGGCUAUGAAGAAAGAGGGGAUCCAGACCCGCAAACGCAAACCUAAGAACCUCAAUAAAUCCCAAACUGGGACACCAGGCAAUGAGGGGGCUCCGAUUACACCCAGCAGCACUCCCCGCGCCUCCACCACCUCCACCACUACCACCACUGCAGAGGAGACUCGCCAGAUAAAGACGGAGCCAGAAAAUCACAGCUUGUACACACAUCACAGCUCACAUGCACAAAUUUCUGCUUUGCCAGCCUACAUGGCAACUCAAGGAGGCCCCAUUCCCCUGAAGAUGUCCCCUGGGGGGCACAACGGGUCCUCUGGCUCCAAAUCUGAACCCUGGAACAGCCUAAUCCUGGCUUAGAAAAAACCUACAACCCAACAUCUCAAAAACCUACCUAACCACAGAAUACCUAUUAAAGUCUCCUGACAGACUCUGGGUUCAGACCAUCUGUUUCCUGCCCGCUGUGCAGCGUUGUCAGUGCAGGAACAGAAAUCUGGGAGCUACUACAGAAGAAACGAGGCCUUAAAGUGCUGCACACACUGUGUGUGAACUCAGAGCAAACAAGGACUUGAAUGGACUUUGUUAUAGAAAUCUGAAAGAAGAGCAGUGACUAGAUUCACUCAGUAACACGACAGAAAACCUUUCGUCACCCUCCUCGACAGAUAAAUACUGUAACAUAAUACAUGACAAUAAUAGUUAUAGUCAUUUUUUUUAAAUUAACUUUUUUUUUUGAUUUGCAUAUGAUUGUGGAUAUUUUGCCAAAAAGGAAAAACAUUAAAAUACACAAAAAAUGUUUAAAAAAAAAUCACAAUUUUUAAACUUAAUGUAAAAAGUUGCACCACCAGGUUUACAGAAAGUGUAUUUAAAGGCCAGCUCAGAUACAUGUAUAUAAAAGAACCAGAAAUAUAGUAGAGUUGAUCACUUUCCACUGGUUGUAUCAAGGCAAUUCAACAAUAGACUUUCCACACAUUUUUCUUCAUGGUGCUUAAAGCUUUGAUCUUAAUUCUUUUUUUUUUUUU